UCAUGAUCAGGUGAAAGUAUUGACCUCUCAAUAUUGCAAGGUUGAUGUAACACUUGAACAGUUCACACAAUUUUCAGUCUACCUAAUCAAGGUGCUGUUAAAAGCUCUAUUAUUAUGGAGAGUAUUCGAUACGUGAAAUUUUACAUAUCAAACACAGACCCUGUACGGCGUUUCGACGGGUUUUAAAUACCAAAGAAAAAUGAAUGUAAGAGGAUUUGAGCAAUGUAGACUUUAUCGAGAUGAGAACUUUAUGAAAGAAAAUAACUGUGUAGUUGAACAGGUUCUUUCGAAGUGAAAGGGCUGUCGGGCAGUCGUGUAUACGAGGGGACUCUGGAUGUUCAUUGAAAGUGUAUAUUGAGUAUGUUACACGGUGAUAUGGAUUUCUGAAACUUUAUUAAUGUCUGCUCUGUCUAAGGGAUUUAAAGAAGAUUUAUAUAUUCACAUAUCUUUAAUAUGGCAUAUUCAUGUCAAAUAUAGUCGAAAAAGGCAAACUGUCGCCAGGGAAGACGUAGAAGAGUAACUUUAUAAAGAGAUACAGGCUGGACAGCAUUUAUCAAAAUGGUUCUCAGAGAGGAAACGGUUAUUGAAGUGAAAUCUUUGGUGAAUCAGAUGGAGAGGACAGGAGAUGUGAACCAAGUCAAGGAAGUGCUGGGGUCGGAGACGAUAAAGAACAGGUCACAGGAAAUGUCUAGAACCUCUAGCCGAUCAUCCAGAUCUUCUGGCGUGGACAGAGUCAACGCCUGCAUGGCCAAUAAUCUCUUCCAUUCGGCAGUCAAGGGAAGAUUCAGAAAAGUAAAGCUGAUUCUUGAUGGGGGAUACAAAAUUAACAGCAGGAAUAAUUACGGUUACAGUGUUCUUGUUGGUGCCCUUCACAUAGACUGCGACGAAAAACGUAGAAAAAUGUUUCGCUAUCUGAUAUCAAAAGGAGCAGAUCCCAAGCAUAAAGACGGAAAACACAAAAGGUCCCUACUCUCGUGGGCUGCUAUUCUAGGUCGUGGAGAACAGGUCGAGCUGUUGCUAGAGAUACUGAACGGUGACCAUGACCUCUCUGAUAAGGAUACGGAAGGAAUGACUGUCCUACAUCACGCCACUCAAGGUGGUCACGUCACAAUAGUUAGAAGACUAGUGGAAGAAUUUCGUCGUUUUCGGUUGUCUGUUGACGUUUCUGACAAUUUAGGACUUACACCUUACCUUCAUGCCAAAAGACUAGGAUACAAAGAGAUAACUGAUAUUCUCCUGAAGGAGGGCAGGGCCUGCCCAGGUCAGUCGGAUAGUUACACCUUCAGGAGUGCUGAUGAGUGGUCCGAAAUCGGACAAUCAAUGAAGGAGAAACAAUAUAAUAUGAGACGGAAAUCUAACUACGAGCGAGCUGCUAUUCUAGGUAGCAGCAGGUUGCUGAGGCUACAUCACAAUUUUUACGAAACACCCAUCAUACAUGUAUCCGCCCCAGUGGCAGAAGCAGUCACAGAAGAUGAUAACAAAACAACUUAUUUUGUCGUGAAAAAGGACCCACCUUUGCGCUUACAGCCGCAGCAAAUAAGAGGAAAUCAUACUGCACCGCCAUUUUCUAAAUCUGAACCCACUAAAGCUUUUAGAUCACACCCUCAGAGUCUACAGGAAAUGCCACAAGAAACCCCCAGAAUGCAUCCUAAUCAAACUUUAUCAUUGCUUUCUUUAACCCCAGGAGCAAGGAUAAAAGAGCCAGAAAAGUUCCACAAAAGUCAACCCGAUUUAUCGAAGGUCGAAACGAAACAAACCAAACAUGGUCAUAACGUUACCAUUGGAUCUUUUAUGAAAGUUCUAGCAGAGCAAAAUACUUCAUCAUACCGACCCACUAUAGUAGAAAGUCCGCAGAACUUGGAAAUGCCGCGUAUGCGCACGAAGAAAGAUUCCACGUUUGCCAGCAUAUUUGGAAAGAAAAGAGGAAAUGAGAAAAACCAUGGAAGAAAGAAGAGAUGUUCCGCAAAAACAGGAAUAUCCACCGGAAGCAAGAAGGCAAUACGGACUUAAUCACAUUCACGGUGAUUCACCCAUUAAUGGCAUUCUGUAAGGACAUCAAAUAUUGCAUCCACCUUCAAGAAAAUAUUUUUCUCAAAAUCUCCAAAUUCCUUAAAUACAGAAUGUUUAAGCUUGUUACCUAAAAUCGGAUAAAUAUGUAUUUGAACAGUUAUGAAUAUAAAUCUGUUUUGAAGUCAUGUGCCUAACUAAUACAAUGUUUUAUUUUUUAUUAAUGUAAAUUUAUUUAAAAAGUCUA